AUGACGCCCCCCAGCGAGGCGGCCGAUGGAGUCGGCUUCAAGGAAGAGCUGGUGAAGUGCAGCGAGGAGGAAAAAUGCGAAUAUAAAACGAACAUCAAGGUCAAAAUUGGAAACAACCAAAAGAUUCUGCUACUUGUAAGACAUAAGAAAGAAGAAUUCUACGUAGUGCUGCACCAAACAAAAUUUAUAGUAGCAUACCCAAUGGUAUACAAAACGUUGGCCCCACAUAAGUCUGUGUUCAGUUAUAAAGAAUUUAUGGAGGUAGGAAUUGACACAAUAGAUUCACAAAAUAAAAAGGGAAAAGAUAAAUGUGAGAGUUAUGACUUCAGUACGUAUGAACAAAUAAAAGUACCAACCUUUGAAGGCUUCAACGACAGACCAUUCUCCCUCUGUUGUUCAUGCUAUGAUUUACCACAUUCAUAUGAUUCAAUAAAUGAUUUAUACAAAGGGAUUCCGAAGAAAAUGGAAUUGGAGUGUCCUGCAAGGGAUACAAUAAUACGUGACCCAAAACAUGAAAGACUUGUAUCAGUGAAGAAAGCUUUGCGUCAUGUCCUUCCAAUGUAUGCUCUAUUCAAAUUUAAAAACGAUGUUCAUAUAUUUCUUGUGUUCAAUAUUACCGUCAUGAAAAAAAAAAAAAGUUUUACUGAUUAUUUCAAAUUGUAUAAUGAUAAGGGACGUCUAGACACAAUGACUUACAGAUAUGUGAUCAGUGAAUCUGCAAAACCGAUUAAGCUGUUCGAUAAUAAAUAUAUUUAUAUUACUCAUUCAUCUUCUGCAUUUGAUAAUGUGUCCAUCCCCAGCCUCCACAACAAUUAUCUUUUGUACCCAUUUUACCCUGAAGAAUUAUAUGGAAUAAAAUAUGGCACACUGGAUUACGGGUGCUCUUACAAUAAGUCCUUCAAAUUUGAGUGUAUUGAGAAUGAUGAAAAUAAAUGCACAUACACCGAUUCUACAUGUCUUAGUAGAUCCAUAUUGGUUCCUAAGAAUUACGUGUCAGAUGAUACAUUUGCUGCUUGUGGUUUAAUAGGGUAUAAUGAUUAUACUGUGUCUAGGAGAGAGUCCUGCAUUGAAGACGCAGAUUGUAUAUCGAACACUGUGGAGUCUUAUCUCAACAAGGCACAAGAACUUACAAAAGGAAAUGAAGAAACGGUUACAAAACUACCCAUUAUAAAUGGAAAAUACCCACACUAUAUAUUUAGGGAAAAAAAUAAUUAUAAACAAACUUCUCCUAAUAAAAGGACAGUCCAUUUUUUUAAAAAUACCAACAUUGAACAUUUCAUUGCUUAUGAAUACUACAAGGAAGACAGAACAGAGUUUACCAUCAGUUUGUCUAACACGAAAAAGGAGCACGUAGUAGGGCAUGCGAUACAGAAUCAAGUCCUAUCUGUAAAAAAUGAAAAUCCUCAAAGAGAUGAACAAGAGCCAUUAGAAGAACCAGAACCACCAUACGAUUCUACAGUCUUCCAGCUAGAAACCUUAAACGAACUUCGCAUCAUCAACAUUUUGUAUUCAGAUCAGUGUGAUGAACAGAAUACACAAAAGUGUGGAGUACUCGUACACUUGUGGAACCCUUCCAUGGAAAAAAUAAAAGCCAGACUAAAGCUACAAUGUAUUAUAAAUUCAAAUGAAAAAUAUGUAGAUGAAAAAAAUCUCAUUUAUGAUCAAGGGCAAUAUCAAUUUUUGUUUUUUUUUAAAGUCCCUUUUCUUAAAUUUCUUUCUCUUCGCAAUUGCAGUGUGAAUGCAUAUGGGGCUUUUAAACUCUACGACACACAAACUUAUGUUGUUAGGAAGAAAGGGAUCGUUAGGAAGUUUUUCUACCAUCAACCUAAGCAGACUAGCGGCAUGAAGGUCUACUCGGAGGGAAUACAAAAGGUUACUUGUUGCAUGGAGGAACCCCACAUUUGUGAUAUGAAAAACAUACCACACUGCAUCACUGCGGAGUCGUUGAAUGUACUCCACGUUUUCUUUUUUUUUGUUGUACUCAUCCUUGUCUUUGUCGUAUUCCUCACUGGCAACGUCGGGAAGAAGAGAUCCGACGCGAACACCCCCGGCGCGGAAAACGACCCCUCCACAUCAGCCGUGGGGGCAGCGGGAGGGGCCACGCAAACGGCAUAA